AUGCUUGAAACGCUCGGCGCAACAGCUAAGACCAGGUAUGGAGGGCCACCACUCCAAGGCAUUGAUGGCAUGGGAACUUUAUCGCCCAAGUACUCGGUGCCGUGGGAUGACUUAGAAGCGUAUAUGGUCAUCCUUGGGGGGGCGUAUGCGUUAGCAGAAGGUUACCCCUUCAAUGUGGUGGACGAUAUACCAAUGGGUUGUGAUAUCCUCAUUGGGUAUGAUCAGAUGCGUCACUGUAGCUGGGCUCUUAUGUGGCGAGAAGAUGAAUUAGUCUUGGUACCCCAGUCAGCCAUUAAGUGGUCGUGGCUCAAGGACACGAAUGUUCUGUUGAGUCCACAGGUCAAGCUUUUGCUUGGUUUUCGGCAGCCAAAGCCCCGUGCCCGAGGUAAGAAGGCGAUGAAGAAGCGACAUAAACCACGUCGAAAUGUACAGCGUCUGGGUGGGGGAGCCAAUGAGCGUCAAGACCAUGCUAUGAAUAGUGAUGACUCUGCUGAGCCCUCUCAACCGCAGCAAUAUAGCGGUGUGGACUCGGCGUCGGAAGUGUUUACGGAUGAUGACGAGUGA